ACCUACGAUCCACCUUUUAUCGCCACCGUUUCCUCUGCCUAGGCCCGCGAGUCCUAGCUUCAACAGAGCUUACGACAGAUAGGAGGGAGAGACAUACCUGUUGUUCAGCCAACGGUGUAACGAGAACGUGGCGGAGGGACCUGGUGAACACGCAUCAUCGUGCCUGUACAGCUGCCACGAGCUGCUUAACUCGCAGCUGCUUUAUUAGUUCUCUUCACCGCGCGGCUUUCGAGAGAACUGUCCACCGCGUGAUCGUCUUCGAUCGUCUCGAUUCUUUCGACGGAUUUGAUACGUCGGAUCAUGAGGAUCACAAUUCUGAUUCUACUGGUUUUCACAGUUCUGGCAGCGGUCUCGUCCCAGGACUACAGUCAACUGUUCGCAGGAUUCGGACCUUAUAUCAGGCAAGCAGUAGCAAUGCGAGAUCCACGAUCGAAUAGAGGUCCGGUACUGUUUCCUCCUGGCCCUCCGCCCAAUAACGAGGACACCAGCGGAGUGAUAGUAGGCGCGAGCGGAUACGGAUUCGUGCCGCCCAACCAAGCUUUCUAUAGGUUCUUUUACUAUUAACCGUGAACGAAGGAUUAACGGGAUAUUGAGAAGGUUGCGAGUGCCGCGUCAUCGAUGGGGAAACUGUACGGUGAGAGAGUUCUCGAGAAUAUGGGAAACUCAAGGGGAGGAACUAUCUAGGAACCACGAACUCUGCAUCCGUCCUUGUAUUAUACGUAUCUCCACAGUGUCUCUGGAUACAACACCACCAGGAGCAUCCUUAUAUUUGUGUAAAGAAUCAUUGUAUCGAGUUAAUACAUUGUUAAUGUUUUCUACGA